UUGCAUCCAUUUUCAACCCAGAAAAUGUAAGAUCCUCUGAGGACGCGUGGUGGCGCUGCAAGAUAAGGUACAAACCGGAACCGCUGCUGCGUCUCCAUUAACAGGCAAAACUCAACAGCAGAGCCUGGAAGCCCAUGAGAAGCUUGGAUGCCACAGAAGGAGGACUGGGUCCUCUGUAAAGGACUACUCACUGGAAUAUUUCUGAAGUACCUUGUGGAAUAACUACAGACUCAGAAACGUACUGAGGCCUUUACAGCUCAGCGGAACCACCCUCGCCAGAGGCUAUACCGAGCAAGAACAAUGGAGGUUGGCAGGAAGCUCAUUUGCAGACAAAGGCAAGUCUUUUUCUUCUUUUUCUUCUUGGGCUUAGCUCAGGCGGGCUCUGAAUUUAGGCGUUAUUCUGUGGUGGAGGAAACUGAAGGGAGCUCUUUUGUAACCAAUUUAGCAAAAGACCUGGGUCUGGGGCAGGGGGAACUUUCCAGGCGGGGAGCUAGGGUCAUUUCCAAAGGAAACAAACUGUAUCUGCAGCUCGAUCAGGAGACUGGGGAUUUACUGCUAAAUGAGAAACUGGACCGCGAAGAACUGUGUGGUCAGACAGAGCCCUGUAUGCUGCGUUUCCAGGUGUUGCUAGAGAAUCCCUUAGAGUUUUUUCAAGCUGAGCUACAGGUAAUAGACAUAAAUGACCAUGCUCCGGUGUUCAUGGACAGAGAUAUGUUGCUAAAAAUAUCAGAGAGCAGUCCUCCUGGGACUAAGUCCUCGAACGCUCAGGACAUGGAUGUAGGCCGAAACAAUAUUGAAAACUAUACAAUCAGUCCCAACUCCUAUUUCCGGGUCCUCACCCGCAAACGCAGCGAUGGCAGGAAAUAUCCGGAACUUGUGCUGGACAAAGUGCUGGAUCGGGAGGAGGAACCUGAGCUCAGGUUAACCCUCACUGCUCAGGAUGGCGGUUCUCCACCCCGGUUUGGCACCGCUCAGGUCUCCAUCGAAGUCGUGGACAUCAACGAUAAUGCCCCUGAAUUUGAGCCGCCUUUCUAUACGGUGCAGAUCCCCGAGGACAGUCCCAUAGGCUACUUGAUUGUCAAAGUCUCUGCUACGGAUAUAGACAUAGGAGUCAAUAGAGAGAUUUCCUAUUCACUUUUCCAGGCUUCAGAAGAGAUUAGCAAAACCUUUGAGAUCAACGCCAUGACAGGAGAAAUCCGACUGAAAAAACAACUUGAUUUCGAAACAACUCAGUCUUAUGAGGUCAAUAUCGAGGCCAGAGAUACUGGAAGUCUUUCUGGGAAAUGCACCGUUCUGACUCAAGUCAUGGAUGUGAACGACAAUGCUCCAGAAAUCACCAUGUCUGCACUUACCAGGCAGAUCCCCGAGAACUCUCCUGAGACUGUGGUUGCAGUUUUCAGUGUUUCAGAUCUUGAUUCUGAAGAGAAUGGGAAAAUAAGUUGCUACAUUCAGGACGAUCUACCUUUUUUCCUUAAAUCUUCCAUGGAAAACUUUUAUACCCUAGUAACAGAGAGACCGCUAGACAGAGAGACCAGAGCAGAAUACAACGUCACCAUCACCGUCACGGACUUGGGGACACCCAGGCUGAAAACCGAGCACAACAUAACCGUGCUGGUGUCCGACGUCAACGACAACUCCCCCGUCUUCACCCAGACCUCCUACACCCUGUCCGUCCUCGAGAACAACAGCCCCGCCCUGCACAUCGGCAGCGUCCGCGCUACAGACAGAGACGCGGGCGCCAACGCCCAGGUCACCUACUCGCUGCUGCCGCCCCUCGACGCGCACGUGCCCCUGGCCUCCCUGGUGUCCAUCAACCCGGACAACGGCCACCUGUUCGCCCUGAGGUCCCUGGACUACGAGGCCCUGCGGGCGUUCGAGUUCCGCGUGGGCGCCGCCGACCGCGGCUCGCCCGCGCUCAGCAGCCAGGCGCUGGUGCGCGUGCUCGUGACGGACGACAACGACAACGCGCCCUUCGUGCUGUACCCGCUGCAGAACGCCUCGGCGCCCUGCACCGAGCUGGUGCCCAGGGCGGCCGAGGCGGGCUACCUGGUGACCAAGGUGGUGGCGGUGGACGGAGACUCGGGCCAGAACGCCUGGCUGUCGUACCAGCUGCUCAAGGCCACGGAGCCCGGCCUGUUCGGCGUGUGGGCGCACAACGGCGAGGUGCGUACGGCCCGGCUGCUGAGCGAGCGCGACGCGGCCAAGCACAGGCUGCUGGUGCUGGUCAAGGACAACGGCGAGCCGCCGCGCUCGGCCAGCGUCACGCUGCACGUGCUGCUGGUGGACGGCUUCUCGCAGCCCUACCUGCCGGUCCCUGAAGCGGCAGUGGCGUACGCGGUCCCGGCCGCCCCGCUCACCGUCUACCUGGUGGUCGCCUUGGCGUCGGUGUCGUCGCUCUUCCUCUUCUCGGUGCUGGUGUUCGUCGCGGUGCGGCUGUGCAGUAGGGGCGGGGCGGCCUCGGUGAGUCGCUGUUCGGUGCCCAAGGGCCACUUUCCGGGCCACCUGGUGGACGUCAGCGGCACGGGGACCCUGUCGCAGAGCUACCAGUAUGAGGUGUGUCUGACGGGAGGCUCCGGGUUACAUGAAUUUAACUUCUUGAACCCGAUUCUCCCUAGCGGUCUGGUUCAAGACUCUGGGCAGGAGUAGUGCAAAAAGGCAAUUUCAAAUAUAGCGUAGGUUUCAUUAACAGAAGAAUCAGAAAGUUGUCUGGCUACGAAUGCUUUCUUUUAAGUCAAGGCUCUUGAGUUGAUAAAGUAUUUUGUUUAUAUUUUGAUUUUACUUUCUGUCUAGUUAACCCUGCAUGUUCUUUUUUCAUCUGCUUCCUACCUUUUCAAUCCAGUAUUAAUGCCUCUUUCUUUUUCUAAUAGGUGAGUAAAAAUAAAUGCAUUAUCUUUUAAUGAUGAUUUCAAAUAGGUUUAUUUAAGGUAGUCAUUUCAAAUUCUCUAUCCAAAGCAAUGUAGAGAGAGUUCUGAACCACCAAUAUUAUAAUUUACCCUAUUGAAUAUAGUCAGGUAAUAUUCUUUAUAAUACUCCUAAAGCAACUUUGUCUGUGGUUAAUGAAGUAGAUAACUAAAAAUGUUUUAAUAUGUACCAUUUUAAGGUGUAUCAUCCUGUAGGGGCUUAGUACUCAAAUAAAACUUACACAUGUAAUUCAUUUUCUGCUUUGACAUUUCCAACUAAUAUUUCAACACUGUAUAUACUUAUAUUGGCUAAAAUUGGACAAAAAAUGUAGGUUAACAGGUCAGAUUACUGUUAGAUUUGCCUAAAGUGUAUUUAUGACGGAUGACUGAGAAAAAAAAUUAAACAUAGGCAUUUUGAACAACUGAUCGUGCUUUUCCGUUUGGCAUGAAAAGAUUAUUUAAUAAGCGUCUGGUGGAAUGACAAUUUGUUUUUUAACUUCUGAGAUGUAAGUAUUAUCAACCUGAGGGCCAUUUUAAAAAAAUUUCAAGAAAGUACAUGUAUAUAUGCUCUCUAAAUGCUUUAUAGCAAAAGUGGUGUCCCAUCCAAUCCUACUUUAAAAAAAUUAAUAUCUACUUGGCAUUUAUAUGGUGAUAUAUGAAGGAAAUAUUUUCUUUGUUUCCUCUCUUAGUUCCCUCCUUCAGAUUUCAACCUGACAUGACUUAGGAUUAUGUAUGGUCCUUCUGGGAUAAACACUGCCCAACCACAUCAGCAUUCUACCUCCUACAGAGUAAUUAAAAGAAGAUUAGAAGAAUGGGAAGUUCUAAAGGGGAGAGAGCGAUAUCACUGUGAAAGUCUAAAUUAACUACAACUAAGAAUAAACUCUUGAAGCAACCAAACAUUACUUUUUAUGUCUAUUUUGAAUGAAAUAGAAAAAACCCCUUAUUUUAAAGUACAAAAUAUUUAGUCCCCAAUUAAAAAAUCUGAUUAGGAAAAAAUAAAAUUUCUCCUCAUAGGCAUUUUCUCAUCCAGAGGCAUAGAACUUUCCAGAAAUUGAAUACUCAUGACUAGAAGAAAGAGAACUGAAGUUUCUCAAAGAUUUUGAAAAUU